AAGGUGUAGAAACUCUGAAGCACUCCAUUCUGUUUAUGAUUUCUAUUUAUGAUUGACGCUGCUGUUUAAAGCUAUUUUUAUGUCUGCCUUAUUUGUAUUAUUACAUAGUWGGGGAGGACAGGGGAGAAAGGGUGGACAGCUCCCUGUCUAGUAGUUGUAGCUGGUUAAAGGUCUUCUUGAGGAAGCGCCGACAGACSGACAGCUGUGCGAGUUCGCAUUUUCUAAUAAAACAGCAGCACGAGCGAUGGCUUCGGCGUAGCAUUUCGUACUGUAUUUUUCAUAAAGCGGCGAAGUCGACAUUGUGAAGGUUUUAUUCUGUGCUAGUUUCGUGGUGUCCGUGUGUUGGCAUGACAUAGCAGCUACGAGCAAGAGCCGAUUCGAUUAUGGGAACAUUCAGGUUUGAGGAACCCUGAUCCGAUUGGCUCCGGCACCGCCCUACCAGGUGACCCUACAGCGGGGGAGACGGGUAAGGAGACCCAGCCACAGCCUCCCCUGUCCAACAGUGCAUUGCACUGUGCCCACCACCACAACCAUGUCCACCCCCAGCGGCAGCCCCGAGAGAGAGGGCUCCACAGGGGGACCCAACCAGCUGGAGUGUCCCCUCUCCUCUCCCCCUGGCAUGGACCAUUCCAUGGGCAGCCCCCUGCUCAGCCCGGACUCAUCUUGCCAAGAUGCCAUGCUCUCAGCCCCCGCCGCCUCCCCCGCUGACUCGGAGAGCCUGAGCCCUGACGAGCUAGAGCUGCUGGCCAAGCUGGAGGAGCAGAACAGACUUCUGGAGGCGGACUCCAAGUCGAUGCGUUCGAUGAGCGGCUCGCGGCGGAACAGCGGCUCGUCCCUGGUGUCCAGCUCCUCUGCCUCGUCCAACCUGUCCCACCUGGAGGAGGACACCUGGAUCCUGUGGGGACGUAUCGUCAACGAGUGGGACGAAUGGAGACGCAAGAAGGACAAGCUGCUCAAGGAGCUGAUCCGUAAGGGCAUCCCACACCACUUCCGGGCCAUCGUGUGGCAGCUGCUUGGUAACGCCACAGACAUGCCAGUGAAGAACCAGUACUCUGAGCUGCUCAAGAUGUCCUCGCCCUGCGAAAAGCUCAUCCGCCGGGACAUYGCCCGCACCUACCCCGAGCAUGAGUUCUUCAAGGGCCAGGACAGCCUGGGUCAGGAGGUGCUCUUCAACGUCAUGAAGGCGUAUUCUCUGGUGGACCGGGAGGUGGGCUACUGCCAGGGCAGUGCCUUCAUCGUGGGCCUGCUGCUCAUGCAGAUGCCAGAGGAGGAGGCGUUCUGUGUGUUUGUGCGUCUGAUGCAGGAGUACCGUCUGAGGGAGCUUUUCAAACCAACCAUGGCUGAACUAGGCCUCUGUAUCUACCAGUUUGAAUACCUGCUGCAGGAGCAGCUCCCGGAGCUGAACGUCCACUUCCGUUCUCAGAGUUUCCACACCUCCAUGUACGCCUCCUCCUGGUUCCUCACUCUCUUCCUCACCUUCCUCCCCAUGCCCGUUGCCACACGCAUCUUUGAUAUCUUCAUGUACGAGGGUCUGGAGAUUAUAUUUCGUGUGGGCAUGGCCAUUCUGCAGUACAACCAGACUGACCUCAUCCAGCUGGACAUGGAGGGCAUGUCUCAGCACUUCCAGAAGGUGAUCCCCCACCAGUUUGACAGCUGCCCAGACAAGCUGAUYCUGAGGGCCUACCAGGUCAAAUACAACCCCAAGAGGAUGAAGAAGUUGGAGAAAGAGUACACCACAAUCAAGAACAAAGAGAUGGAGGAGCAGAUAGAGAUCAAGAGGUUACGCACAGAGAACAGGCUUCUGAAGCAGAGGAUUGAGACAUUGGAGAAGGAAAGUGCUGCUCUAGCAGACAGGCUGAUACAGGGUCAGGUGACGCGGGCGCAGGAGGCGGAGGAGAACUAUGUGAUCAAGCGGGAGCUGGCGGUGGUGAGGCAGCAGUUCAGCGUGACCAAUCAGAACCUGGAGAAAGCCCAGGACACCAUCGGAGAACUGCAGCGGGAGAAGUACACAGAGCAGUUUGUAACCGGUCUGCAGACGCAGCUGGAGCAGUCCCGGCUGCAGGAGGCAGAGCUACUGGGAGCCCUCAAAGAGAUGCAGGACAAAGUACUGGACCUAGAGAAGAGGAGCAGCUUUCUGCCUGAUGAGAACAAUGUGGCCCAGCUGCAGGAUGAGCUGAAGCUGGUGAAGCUCAGAGAGCUGGAGACACUGCACUCCUUCAGAGAGAUGCAGGACACGGUGACCGAGCUUAACCAGCGCUGGCAGCUCCACAUGUCAAAAGGUGGCGGGGGUCACUGGAAGGAAUCCCCCAAGAAGAAUGCCCUGAAUGAGCUGCAGGACAAGCUGAUGGGGGUGCGUCUGAGAGAGGCCCAGGCCCAGGCUGAACUCAGGGAGGUCAAACUCCAAGCCAUACAGCUGGAGAGCCAGAACCAGAUUCACAGCAAGCUGAUUGGGCGCCAUGAGGUGGAGAGCGCCGCCAUGCAGGAGAGGCUGCAGCAGCUGGCGAGCCAGAACAAGGGGCUGCAGGCCCAGCUCACCGAGAUGAAGAGGAAACAGUCCGAGCUCGACUGCAAGAGUAAAGAGGAGGUGAUGACGGUGCGCUUGCGGGAGGCUGACAGCAUGGCCGCCAUGGCUGAGCUCAGACAGAAGAUAGCUGAGCUGGAGAUACAGAAGGAGGAGGGUCUGAUCCAGGGCCAGCUGAACCACUCUGACUCCAGGCAGUAUAUCACCCAGCUUCGAGACCAGAUCGGAGAACUCAAGAAUGAGAUCAGGCAGCUCCGCGGGCAGCGCUCCAAGUUCGCUCCUAGUUCCCGGGGCGGGGGCUACCCGGAUCUGUGUCUAGCUAGCCCCUCGUCAGCCGGAGGCGACUACCUGAGCUCGGAUGAGGACCUUCUUCCCAGCCCCAUCCCCCCCAACGCCAUGUACCCCGCCCUGCCCCACCCCUCGGCCAGGCUGGACAGCGAGGGCAGCACCGACAGCGAAGCAGAGGUCCACCCGGACCACCCCCACCACGGCCCCUCGCAGCAGCUCUACACUAGCAUGGUGUGUGCUGAGGUCCUGGACAACUGAGCCAUGGAGGUCCCUGGAACUCCCUGGUCCUGACCUAGACUACUAAAGAUACUGUACUCAGUAUCUCUUUAGUAUUAGAGAUGCUGUACUCGCCCCAACUUUACUGUACUACUGUUCUCACCCUAAACUACUGUAACCUGUAACGGACAUCCUCCCCUCCUUCUUCGUGUUGGUGCCAUGGUCUCUCCUCUUUGUUAUUCUCUUCUCUCCAUUUCCCCCUUUUACUUCUCUGUUCACUCCUAUCUCUCUUCACUUAUCCCUCUUUAUCUCCCUCUAUCUCCCUCAAUCUCUUUUUCCUCUACAUUCUCACAGACCCUGAGUCAAUUCCAGUCCUAUUCCCCUGUCUUGUCCUGUCCUUGGCAUUAGUUUCCACAUUGCACUCCGGACCUGAGUGAAGAACAGAUAACUUCAGUAUGCUCGCUCACUGUGCAGCAAGCAUAUCCUAUCCGCACAGAAAGCCGAGAAAAUAAAAGGGAUUGAAAAUAGACAAAAAAAAAUGCUUUCAACUUUCAAUACUCCAACCAUACCACACAGCAGUGACUAUGAGAUGCAAAGGACAUCGCUUUGAUGAAAUGAUUCCCCUCAAGUUUGGAAGGACUUCAAUAUGGACUUGGGAUCGGUAAAAGAGGAUAUGGAUGGAUGACUUGUUGGGCUUGACCCUGCUCUUACUGUCCCGUGAGCGAGAUGUGGAACGUACUGUCUCCCAUCUUUCUCUUUCCUCCUCCUUUUCUCUCUCUCUCCAUCUCUCUUUCUGUCAUUCCAUCAUUCCAAGAAGACCCAUUGGCCACCUGCACUGCCUGUUAAAAUGRAAACAACCAUCCACUGUAACCUCACAAUGCACACUUCAAAAAAAAAUAGAGCGAGAGGGAACGAAGGAAGGAUAGGGGUAGGAAAAGAGAGGAGUAUGGCAUGGACUUGUACACAUCAAUAUCAUAGGGAUGUUACUAGAUGACAUCACAUGCAUAGAUGAAUAUUAACAAUUUCCCUUACUGAAAUAUGUUUGUUGUGUGUGUCUCAAUGACUUGCAAAUGAAACAAGGCAAGCGAAUUACGAUGGCUAAUGUCAACAACAACAAAAAUCUCAACGUUGCCAAAUCUUAGGUCAUUUUUCUGCUAUUAUUUAUGUUCUUAUUUAUUUGAAUAUUUUUUAUAUAUCUAUAUAGAUACCAACGGCGGCCAAACUUUAUAUAUACGUUGAGUUCCCUCGGUCCUUUGUGCCAACUUGAAUCCCGAGGCUGAGGUGUCAACGGACGGUGUCCAUGACGAUGCGUGUCAGAGAGACAGAGCAAAUGCGCUGCUAUGAUUAUCCUUUUUUCUCACAGUCUUCUUUUAUGUUUUGUUCUAUCUGCUCGACAUACAGUUGAACUUUACACCCCUUAGGAAUCAGUUGUGAGUGCGAAAACUACUGUGAAGAAAUUGUUGAACGGUUAUGGCUAUGCUUCAUARUGUCUCUACCUAUGACUUCUGAAAUAGCCACACAUAAACAACUCCUKUUAUAAUCUAUUUGAAAUGUGUUAAGGCAUUUUUAAACCCUAAGAGCAGGUAUCAACCCACAAGUGUUUAUAAGAGCAAUGGCUCAGUCAAUCAUUCAUUUUGUCUAAUGGUGAGGCUGGAGUUUACUAGUUUGGGACUGAUUGGCAUGUGUCCGUCAAAAUGCUGUGUGAGUGACGUGAAGGGGUUAAUUUGAAGUUACCAAAAAAAUKAGAAUUUGUUGAAAUUGACCAAUCRGAGGCAAAAAUAUAUAUAAUUUACCAGCUACAAGUGUACUGAUCAGAUCAUCAUAAAUAUCAUUAUCAAGUUGGACCAGGGUCAUCACUCUGUUUAUGUCUCUGUUGUUCUGUUCUCUGUUGUUCUCGUCUCAGUCAUGGUGCUGUAUGAUGAAUUAUCAAUACCUCUCCUUCCAGAAUAGCCAACUGUGACAUCUUCCUCUUUCUACUGCCUGUUACCAAUAGGAUUUAGGGAUGGAUGGAAACAUUCAGUUGAACGUGUGGACUGAAAAUGUCUGACUAUCUGAUCCAUGCUGUUACUACAGCUUCAGAUGGCUAAAAUGCACAGGUUAACAGACUGGGGGCAGUAUUUUGCCUAGUAUAUACCUCACUGGCUAACUAUGUGGCAUAUCAUCCCAAUAGUCUUGAAUAUAUGACAAAUGCUUGUUAGAAUUAGCUUUAGCUCAGUCAUUAGGAGUGGGGAGACGAAUGCAUCGCCUCGGUGUCAUGUUUCCAAAGCAUUCAAAUGUUCUGUGUUUAUAUCAAUGGGACAGAGUUGAUCAUGGGAAUCGAUGAUAGCCAACUGGAAAGAAGCGCAAUGUGGUUGCUUUCCCAAUGUCAAGGGGGAAAGGAUUCCAUACAAACUCUAUAUUGUCUUACGUCUGUGGCAGACACUUCACAUAUCCCAUUUUAUAUAUUCUUACAACAGUGGAAGCAAAACGUAUUGUAUAAUUCAAUAAUAUUCCAUAUGACAACCUGAACUGAAGUAUUAAUAUAAAUAUAUCACAAGAAUAAUUGAGUUGAUUUGCUGAUGCAGAGGAUGUGUAGUAAUAUAUUCAACAGGGUGAUAUACGAUCCUAAGAUUCUGGAUAUACGAUCCUAAGAUUAUGGAUCUAAGAUUCUAGAUCUCCUCUUGACUUAAAGCAGUGAGUGCUGUUCUGGGAAUAUGGGAGUGGAUGCUUGUAGUGGUUAGUGUAGCAAGCUAAGGCCCUGUCUCAUGUCAGUAUUAGUGAGCACUUGCAAGAUUUCUUGGUAGUAUUGAGGUACUGUAUAAUGCUAUGCCACCAAGCCUAUGCAUCCCAACUUUGUAUCAUGUUUUCUUGUGUUCAAAUUAUGCCAUGCACUCAGAUUUGGUGUGUGCCUGGCUUUUGUUGCACAGUGAUGCUGAAUGAAGGGGGAACCUGUCACCAACUGCCAAGGAAAUAAGGGAGCUCUUCUAAUGGGGUUCAACUGCCAUGUAGCCCAUCUUUCACUCGCUCAACUAUUACAAAUAACCACCUUUUUAGAGGUUAAACCAGUGCAGCAGCUGAAAUCACUGUUGUCUGKUGUAACAUCCUGGACCAGUCAGUUAAGGUAUUACUUUAGCAAUGGGAGGGAGUUCAGAUGCCAUGUGUUGUCAACCUGUGGUAGAGUAUAGUCUUGGUCAGUGGUGGAAAAAGAACUUGAGUCAUACCUGAGUAAAAGUAAAGAUACCUUUUAAUAGACAAAUAGACAAAUACUCAAAUAAAAAUGAGUCACCCAGUAAAAUACUACUUGAGUAAAAGUAUUUGGUUUUAAAUAUGCAUCAGUAUCAAAAGUAAAAGUAUUAAUCAUUUCAAAUUCCCUACAUUCAGCAAACCAGACUUCACCAUUUUCUUGCUUUUUUAAAAUGUACGGUUAGCCAGGGGCACACCGACACUCAGAUAUAAUUUACAAACAAAGCAUUUGUGCUUAGUGAGUCCGCCAGAUCAGAGGCAAUAGGGGUGUUCUCUAGAUAAGUGUGUUAAUUUGACCAUUUUCCUGUCCUGCUAAGCAUUCAAAAUGUAACGAGUACUUUUGCGUUUCAGAUAAAAUGUAUGGAGUAAAAAGUACAUGUAUUUUCUGUAACUUUUACGCCACUAAAUUCCUAAAGUUGUCAAAAAUAUAAAUAGUAAAGUACAGAUACCAAAAAACUACUGAAGUAGUACUUUAAAUUAUUUUUUACUUAAGUACUUUACUCCCCUAUUAGACACUACUAGACAGUGUCUAAUUUACACAAAGUCUUGUGCACUCGCUCCACACUCGCAUAACACCAGGGUGUAUGACAACCCUGCAUAAUACAAACACUAUACUGCUGUUCAGAGAUGGUGCUCGGAUGCGGAGUUCCCCAGUGUCCCAACUACAACUGGUAUAACUGUGACUAAAAUACUUUUUGAUACACAUGAAGAUGCCCUCUGAUUCAGUAUUUGUCAUCCGUGUAGUUUUAUGAUUAGCRUUGGUAUGGCUAUUCUUUGAUCUGAACCAAGAUCAUGUUUAAAAUCUUAGGGUGUGGGGAAUGGUAGGGUUCCAUGUUUAAAUCUAUAUAGUGCCAUAAUGUAGGUAGAUUUAUACAUAGUAUAUCAAAUGCAAUUUUCAUAGACAGUUCAGCAUUUGCACUCUGGUUUAGGAUGGUGUUCACCAAAAAUAUCUCAAAGGUGAAGGCCACUGUUGAGCUAGGACUGAAGGAUCCCCAAUAUGUUUAAGAUUUAUAUAUAUAUAUAUAUGUAUGUAUGUGUGUAACCAUGUUAGAAUGAAACUGGAACGCUAUACAUGCCAUUGUCUGUGUCUCAAAGAAGAAGGAAACAAAACAUGGAGACUCCCCCUUAUGGACGGUGUCCUCAUGCAUACCCUGGGUUGUAUUCAUUAGGGCACACAAUGUCAAAUAUUUUUAAAUGUUCUGCAACAGAAAACAAAAAUUAGUGUUUCUUAUUGGACAAGUCCAUGAAGUACCUCCCGGUUUCAGUCACUUUUCUUCCAUUUGGYGCCUCAAACACAACCCCGGUGUAGGACUUCUCUCAUGUAUGUAACAGCAGGUCGGUAUCCACUUUACUCCCCCCAACCUUGUUCAAUCUCUCUUGCAAUUCUACCAAUGUGUUGUCAAGUAUAUUAAUGACAGUAAUAAAGAUGAUAUUAAUGACAAUAUUAUGAAAACAUUUCAGUGUUCUGUACUUGAUGAUGAUAUGAAAUAAACAUUGACACCACAUUCUCAGA